AGCACUACAAAACAGGUCACGCAAGAAACGUUUUUGCAUUGCUCGUAUACCUACCGUUUAGACUAGUUUUGUUUCUCCUGACUCGUUUGCCUGUUUUAUUUGGUGUUUCAGCAUCCUUCAGCACAGUCCAUAACAGUCGGCCGAUAGAUGGCGCUGCUGCAGCAGAGGACGCUGGUGCCCCUGGGACUGGCCCUCCUGGCGCUGGCCGGCCUCAGCAUCAUCUUCGGUAUCACCGCCGAGGCCAUCCAGGGCGGCGCCGCCAACAGACACAAGUUUACCUACAAGUCCUCCCCGCUCUACUACUCACCCAUCUGGGCAGGAAUACUGAUAAUCUUCACAGGUCUGGUGUCCAUUUCGAGUGGGAAGGACCGCUUCGGUGUCUUUAAGCUCUCCAUGGUCCUGACCCUGUCUACCGUGGCGUAUGUGGCCGCCCUGGCCGCCUUCCUGAUCGCCACGGUAGCGCUGGCCUUCAUCCCUCACGAGUACCCGUACUACUGCCUCCGCGGGUUUAACGAUCUGGCCCGCAGCGGGGCAUACUCGGAUAGGCUCUGCGCAGGAAUGAAGGGAAUGAUGGGCCUGGCCCUGAUACUGGCCAUACUGGAGUUGGUCAUCAUCCUCCUGAUCAUGUUCAUCACCUGUAAACUGCUUCGCGAAAAGGACCAAUGGGCUGCAAAGCAACGAACGACGAGGAUGGCACCUCAACCUGAUGGAAUGGUGAUCCUGACGCAGUAUCCAGACCCCAAACCCCCCAAUGGAAACAAGACUGCUGGCUAUGACAAUGGUACAUACAGUGCCCCCUAGCAAUGUCCUGAUGCAGUGCAAGUAAAUAAGAAUUGUGUUGAUACUAGUAUACAAAACAGGAUAUCAACAGGAUAUGAUGGACUACAUUCAGAAAUUGUGUGCACAUGUGGCAGAAGAUAUUUUUUUCACAAAUGUACUAAGCUACAGAUUACUGUUAUAAACAUAAAUGUAUGUACCCUCAAAAUAUCUAAGCAAAAAAAA